UAUUUUGAAAAUGUUAACCGGAUAUCUUUUUUAAAAGUCUGGUUGUUUUUGAUAUUAGUGUCUUCAGAUGAAAACGCCCCGUGAGAGGAAAUUAAUAAAGAGCAAGACAAUGUGACAGAGUCCAGGAAAAGGAAGUUUUUCCACUGUAGAUAAAGUGUUUGCGACCUUAUUAACACGUGAAGUUGGUUUUAUUUUGACAGUUCAAACAGGAAUCGAUAUGUUCACGCCGGCUGACUUCACGCACUUUAAAAGUUAAGUAUGGGUACGUGGUAGAUAACCGACGGUCUCUUCUGACGUAGUCGUUAACCGUAAACUUGCAAACAGCCCGAUAGGUGUGGACCAGAGCAGCCGGGACACCCAGCAUGGCUCCCCGCGGGAAGAGGCCCGGUGCCGCGCGGAGCGGCUCCGUGAUGAACUUUAGGACCACGGUGAGCUCGGGCUCGGUCCGCCGCAGCUCCGCCGUGCUGCCGUCCGUGCUAACGUUCCUGGUGAUCGUCGCAUCCGGAGGCCUGCUGCUCAUGAUAGAGAAGGGAAUGCUGAACAGCCUGGAUACGCCUCCGCCCCGGGGCAGCGGCAGGCGGCUGGACUCCAUGCGGCAGCCCGGGAAGCACAGCUCGGCCGCAGUGGACGUGGAGUCGCAGAUCCUCCAGGAGAUCCGCAACCGGACCAUCAGGACCAUGUGCAGCCAGAAGAACAUGCCCCACAGCAUCUGGUCUCUGAGCCCCCUGCAGAGGAAGACGCUGCUGCAGCACGUCCUGGUCAAUGACGAGUACCACUUCCUCUACUGCUACGUCCCCAAGGUGGCGUGCUCCAACUGGAAGAGGGUUCUGAAGGUUCUGAACGGAGCGCUGGAGAGCGUCGACGUCAACAUCAAGAUGGACCACCGCAGCGACCUGCUCUUCCUGUCCUCUCUGAAACCCGAGGAGAUCCGCUACCGCCUCAAGCACUACUUCAAAUUCAUGUUCGUGCGGGAGCCCAUGGAGCGCCUGCUGUCCGCCUACAGGAACAAGUUUGGAGAGAUCGAGUCCUACCAGAAGAAGUAUGGCGUUGAGAUCAUAAAGCGGUACAGGAAGGGCCGCGCCAAGGACUCAUCCGUGAGAGGAGAUGAUGUGACCUUCGCGGAGUUUGUCCGUUACCUGCUGGAUGAGGAUGUGGAGCGUAUGAACGAGCACUGGAUGCCGGUGUACAACUUGUGCCAACCUUGUGCCGUGUCUUAUGACUUCAUCGGCUCCUACGAGCACCUGGAAAGCGACGCCGAGUUCGUGCUCCAGCGCAUCGGAGCGCCUCCUUACGUCCACUUCCCGGAGAGGCAGACGUGGUACAAGCCGGUCACCACGGAGACGUUACACUAUUAUCUGUGCAGCCUGCCACAGAAGCUGCUGAGGGAACUCCUGCCCAAGUACAUUUUAGACUUCUCCCUCUUCACUUAUCCGCUCCCCAACACAACCACUGAACACUGCCGGCAUUAAACCUGCAAUGUCUUAUAGUUUGGAGAUUAUUUUUUAUAGAGAAUCAUUUGUAUUAUUUUUAUGCUUAGGGAGCGUUGACAGCUGUUACACAUUUUUUACUUGAGAUGUCCUCACGUCGUUGCAACAUGCUGAUUAUUGGAGGAGAUGGAGACUUGUGUCAAAACCACUAAAGCUUGAAAUCAGCUGCAGACAAAGGAAAGUUACUGAGAUGUACGUUACAAUCACUGUUACUGUUACAGUAAAGGAAUCACUUCACUCCACAGUGACGCAGAUGUAAAUAAAGUUACGAGUUGUUUCUUCAUGUAGAUAUUGAUGGAGAUGAAGGGUUAACGGCUUCAGUGGGCAUUCAGUGGUUUAGCAGGCUAAAACACACACACACACACACACACACACACACACACACACACACACACACACACCACACACACACACACACUGUACCCAGAGGGCUGUGGGGUUUAAAUCGAGCCUCUUUCUCAUCUUUUCUAUUUACUUUCAUUAUACUCCAUCUAAUAAAAGCAGAAGUUCCAAGUGUUA